UUUUUCUACCUCCGAAGUGGGUGAGGACGACUGAGGAGGGAGUCUUUGCUGCAGGAGAGAGAGAGCGUGUCAGUGUGAUUCUUCUUGGGCUCCGUCCGGUCUCGCACGCCAUUAAUGCUCCCAUUCUUCCGCUUCUCCCCUUCCUGCGAAGCCCAAACCCUAACCCUAUUCCGCUCGCAGAUCCACCUCUGCAGCGCUGCUCUGCCGAAAGCUCGAGUCCGACAUCAAGAACGCGAUAGAGGACGACCGGUCCGGACUGGGGUUCUCGUGCCAUGGUAAGCUGCCGGAUUUUUGUGAUGGCAAUGUCGCCGCCGUCUUCCACCUUCACCGUCGUCGUCGUCGUCCUUCUCUUCGGUGUAUUCUUGUCCGGUGGAAGAUGCGAAGUACGUAAUAAAGCCAACGACUUCUGCUUCUCUUUCGACGGAUCGGAGAAAAAUCGGAGCUUUGACUCGGAAUUCACCCUCUACGGCGACGCCCAGAUGAGUGGCUCGGCGGUCAGGAUCACGCGGCCGGCGAACUCGAGCUCGGGGCGGAUCGCGCACCGGAAAGCCAUCAGAUUCUUGGGGACCAAGCUUGGGUUUUCUUCCUUCUUCUCCUUCUCCAUCUCCCCGGGCGACGGUGGUAGCCUCCUCUCUUUCUUCUUGGAGUCGGUGGAGGGAGAUGGGUUUGGGCUGUCGACCAGCCUUGUCGCAGUGAGGUUUGGGACGUCCGGUAAUCGAAGUGGAAGCCUCAUUGAAAUCGAUGUCGGCGGAGAAGCUUUGAUGACAAGCAGCAAUCUUUCUGAUGUCGGUCUGCUUUUGAAUAGCGGUGAAAAGUUGCGUUCUUGGAUCGACUACGACGGGGAAUCGAAGAGGAUGGAGGUGAGGCUGAGCCAGGCAGGGGAUCCGAGGCCGACCGCCAACUGUUCGAUCUAUUGCUCGAUCAAUUUGUCCAGCUUAGUGUGGAAGGAGGCAGUGUUUGUGGGCAUAAGCUCUUGGAGUGGAAAUUCUACUGAGACCAGCAGUCUAUACUCGUGGAACUUUACAGUGAAGCGGGGAGCUCCAUAUCUGAUGCACUCCGAGCCUCUGAAUCCGAAUUCGUUCUUGGUGAGGCCUACCGAGAGCCCUCCUUCUGUUCAUCGAAGAAAGGCAUAUGCUUGGGGUGUUCUCAUGGCAAUGGUGUCUGCUGCUGCUUGUGGUGCAACGCUGGCGUUCUCGGCGAUGUUCGUGUGGGCUGCGCUGGUCGCCCGGCGUCCAGUGUCGCCUGUAGAAUGCCCCGUGGAGGAGGAUGAACAUGGAAAGAUUGUAUCAGCCGGAGAAGAGCGCUUGGAGGGUGGUAAGAAGUGAGUAUUGGAAGACGAGAGAGCCUCCUUAAUGUUGUUGUAUAUGUGCGUGUGGGUGUUCCUAUGGUACUCGCCGUAACUUUUUAUGUUCUGCCACUUGAUGGAAACUGUAGCUUUUGCAGCCAACUUCCACAAAUGCUAUGAUUUCCAUCAAAGAAA